UUCCUGGGGGUGCCCGACUAAUUGCGUUCGGUACAAUUGUGUGAGAUCCUCCGCAAUACCGUUGACAGAUAUGUAAUCUGUUGACGAUAUUAUUGUAUCUAGUUUUACAUUUAUUUAUGCAUUGAAAACUAAAUUUUGCUUUCUUUUUCAUGACAUUAUUUAUUAUUGGUUGUACUGGCGACAAUUGCGCGGCGUAUUUUUAUAUUAAUAAAGAAUGGAUCGAAAUUUUCAAUUUGCAGUAACAAGUAUCUCUACAGAUGGGCAAAGCACCGGGUUUAAACCCGGUGCUUUGGUAAAAACCCAAUAAACACCCAUAAACUCCCAUAAUCACCCAAAAAAAUAGGUUUUUACGUAUUUUUUUGAAAAUAUGUAAGUAAUACCAAUAAAUUAUUUUUAUAAAUUGUAUUGAUCAAUUCUACAAUAUUAAAUAAAACGUUAACUAAUAAUAUUUCAGGAAAUUUUAAAAAUCUAUAUAUAAUAAAAUGAAAGUAAUUAAUUUUCAGUGUUUUCAUGUUGCAGUUGAUCAACAUGUUGGCCUUUUGCUUCCCGUAGAUACUUUAAAAUUUCUUCAUAACACCUCGUUCGCACACAUGGCCGUAUAUAUUUAAAUUCUUGAGCCACUAACAGUCCGAAAUACUCAUUUCUUUUAUCCUCUUCUCCAUAAAUUAAGCAUUUAGAACAGUUUGUUUCUUCUUUCAGUAAAUUUUCUUUUACUUUAUCCUCGUUUUUUUCUUUGUUGCGACGACGCUGGGUAAAUCAUCUGGACACUGGGUCUCACUAUCGCCAAAUAUAUUUGGAGAUCGGCUUCGGCUACGGCUUGGCAGACAUUUUUUUCUUUCUACAAUUUUAAAUUAAAUUUAUUAGAAUAAAUGCUUCGAACACACGCGAUCUAAGUACCUUUUGUGUUUAUUAUACCUUACCUACCUAGGUAUAAAAAGAGUACUUACGUAGAUUUUCUUUUAUUAACUGUUUUAUACGAAGAUCUUGAUCUCUCAAAUUAGCAUCCAUUUUACUUCCAGUGAUUAUCAACUAAAUUAAUAAUCCACAAAGUAUUAAAUAACGUUUUUAUGAAAUAUUUAGCACAAAAACAAUACCCUUUAAAUAUCGAUCGUCAGUAACUGUGGCUGACUUACCUAUAUUCUAGCAAGCAGGACUGCCAGAUGUGAAGGGGAAAUCCCCAAUAAAUUGUUGCAUGUGACUAAUGAUGUGAGCAUGUUCGUUUCAUAAUAAAAAUGUUGCCAGGUAACCAAAAAGUCGUAUGUUUUUGUGCGAAUUACGAUCAUAAUCUUUACGAUCGUACAUUAAAAAAUAGACAAAUAAUAGUAUGAGUACGAUUUAAAUCGUAUAUCUGUCAACCCUGCUAGCAAGACAGCGACAAAAUCACGUUGCAUAACAAUGUAGCCCAAGCUUAUAUCUUAUGAAAUAUACGGAAGAGAUACGGACUUAGAAAAAACAGAAAUGUUGUUCUUUGUGGAAGUCAUUGAUGAAAUUCUAUGUAUUUUAGCCCGCAAACUUUCUUCAAACAAAAACAGCGCCAUCUAGUAUCGAGUUCUGUAAUUAUCUCUUUGUUUAUGGAUUUGAAGUAAGACCGCCACGCAUGCAAUACAUUAUGACUGGGGAUUCCCCUAUUCGUCGACGCUGAAUAUGAGGCGACGACAAUCACUGUCAAACGUGUUCACUAUUACUCUGACUCUGGUAACGUGACUUCCUGGUAACGUGUUAGGUAGGAAAAGCAGUAAAAAAGUGCAUAUUAAGGGAGCAGAUUUGAAAUAAUAUUUAUACUUAACAAGAAAUAAUUAAAGGUUCAAUGGGGAGACCUAAAGAUUUACGCAUAUGGGAGCACUACCGUACUUUACCAAACAAGUCUGUUUCUUGCAAGCUUUGUAAUAAGGUCUACAAAUUCAGUAAUGCUGCCAAAAUGCUUCAACAUCUUAUCACUUGUCCAAAAUCUCCAGAAACAUUAAAAGACUCUAUGAAACUUAUAAAAGAUAGCUCGUCCAAAACCAAAAUGUCUGGACUGUCAGAGAUAGAGACAAAUGAUUCUUUUAUAAGCCCCUCGUCGUCUGCUAACACUACAAUAAAUGCUGAGUUUCAAGACACCGAUGAUCAUAUAAAAACAGAAUUAGCGAGAGCUAUAUUUGUAACAGGGACGCCAUUAUCGAUGGUGCAACAUCCUUUAUGGAUACAAUUUUUCGAAAAAUUGCAACCAAAAUUUAAAAUACCUUCACGUAAAGCUUUAGCGACAAAAUACUUAGAUAAAAUAUAUAGAGAAAUGCGUUUUGAGUUAAAUGAGGAACUAAAUGCUUGUAGUUACUUACACCUUCAGUGCGAUGGCUGGUCUAAUUUAAGAAAUGAAGGAAUAAUAAACUUUCUUAUAUCAAAACCUCAACCUGCAUACGUUAAAAGUUUGAAUACAGAAAGUAAUCCUCACACUAGUGAAUACCUUAGCCAAGAAGUUGAAAAAGUAAUGAAAGUGUAUGGAGCAAAUAAGUUUCUUGUACUUAUUGGCGAUAACGCUAGAAAUAUACAAAAGGCAUUCGAAUUAACAAAACUCAAAUAUCCACAUGUUGUUCCUCUCGGUUGCUGUGCACAUAUCCUUAACUUGUUGUGCCAAGAUAUUGUAAAGAUACAAGAAGUAACUGUGUUUAUUAUGCAAGCCAUAAAUAUAAUAAAAACUGUUAAAAGGAGUCAACGAUUAAGUUCCUUGUUGAUAAAAUCAAGGCAGGGUGAAGAUUCUACACAAACACUAAAAUUGCCUUGUGCUACAAGAUGGGGAAGUCAUGUUACUUCGUUAAAAAGUUUGAAAGCAAAUAAGAUAGCUUUGCAAAUAUUAACAGUUAGAGAAGAUGUGGUAAUUUCAAGAGAUAUUAAAGAUUUAAUUCUAAGUGAUGAUUUCUGGACGAAGACAGGGGAAUGUAUAAGUAUUUUGGAACCAGUCACUGAAAGCAUAUUUUACUUAGAGAGCGACCAGAAUCGUUUGCAUCGCACAUACAUUACAUUUAGAGAUGUACAAGCUAAGAUACGUUUUGCAUUAAAUGAGAUUUCGACAUUGAGCGAAGAAAGCAAACAGCAGAUUCUAACAUCAGUAUCUUCAAGAUGCAAUAUGGCAAUGAGGCCAAUACAUUUUGCAGCAUAUAUUCUAGACCCCAGGACUCUAGGAGUCGAACUUACUCAAGAGGAAGAACUUAAGGGUAUGGAGUUUAUCUACAAUUUAAGCCAACACUUAAGUUUGUCAAAUGUAAUGGCAGAUUUGGCGUGUUAUAAAGCUAAAGAAAACUUUUGGGCCAGAGGAUUUGUAUGGAGCUCAUUAGAUAGCAUUGAGCCCCUAAUAUGGUGGAAAGGUAUUUGUGGUUCCACUGAGUUAAGCAAAGUAGCGAUUCGUAUUCUAUCAGCUCCCUGUACUUCGGCAGCCACUGAGCGUUCCUUUAGUAUCCAAGGCUACAUACAUAAUAACAAAAGAAAUCGACUUACAACUGAAAGAACUGAAAAAAUUUCAUUCAUUUGUUAUAACUGGAAUCUUAAACAUAAAGCUGAAUGCGAGGACAUUCAGUUUAAUGAAGAAAAUACCUUAGAAGCUUUCAUUGAGCAAGUAAAUGAACAUAACAGUUUAGACGAAAUAGAGCCUAUCGAACCUAUACAAUUCAUCGCUUGUAAUAACUCUGAAUCUGACAGUGAUUGACUGUAGUUUUACAUUUUACUUUCAUCUCUUUCUUAAUAAACUCAAAAUCAAAUUAAAAGUUUUUUAUUCUGUAGGCUGCAUAAUAAUAUUGUCUAUGUCCAGUAUAGUGGACGUCUUGCGGCUGAGAUGACGAUGAUGAAGUACAAAAUCAUAAACACCCAAAAAUUUGGGUGUUUAUGGGGUUUAAACCCAAUAAACCCAAAACACCCGGUUUUUACCCACCAGACUUUAAACCCACCCAGGUGGAUUGCCCAUCUCUA